AUAAACCUGGUAACAGUCAGAAAACCUCCCAGCUAAACACCCAUAAGACUUCACACAAGUUGAUACUCUUUAUUGUGAUGACCACAGAAACCAAGACUACCUAAAAGGAGACGGUUACCUCAGAUUGGCUGCCAGCUUUUUAUCUUUCUCUUGACCACUUAAAACUUGACUUCCUGCCUCCUGGCAUCAUGGAGAAAGUCCAAUACCUCACUCGCUCUGCUAUAAGAAGAGCCUCAACUAUUGAAAUGCCUCAACAAGCACGUCAAAAUUUCCAGAACCUGUUUAUCAAUUUCUGUCUCAUCUUAAUAUGUCUCUUGCUGAUUUGCAUCAUCGUGAUGCUUCUCUGAAGUUCUGCAGCAAACUCCAGAUCUGCAACUUACUACUUUGGUUUAAAAUGUCAUCCYAUGAACAGGGGAGCCCGCUUCCCAAGUAGAAGAAUUUCUUUAUGAAAAGGUCAAUUAAAACAAAUUGUUAGUAAAUGCAUUUGCUAGAUCUUGUAAACAUGAAAAGGGCUYAAUUUUCAAAACUGACUAUACAUGUGUACAAUGUAACUGUUGAUUUCCUCAAAAUGGCUUAUAAAUUUCUUUCCUAAAUCUUUUCUGAGGAUGAAGUAGGAGUUUAAUUUUGAAAUAGCCCUACUAACAAAUUCACUUCAUAUAUAAAAUUUUAGCUUCACAACUUGGGGCAAAUGUUAUUURCAUUGCACAGUAAAAGCUUCUUUGUAAGUAUUUUUCAGGUCUUUACAAGUGCCAAAAUAAUAGUACAAAUGAAGUAUUAUUAUUCAAAAUAGCUCACUGAUCCUCACAUCUAUUACUACUACUACUAUUAUUAUUAUUGUCACUACAUCAUUAUUAUACAGAAGUCUUGGUAGUAACUCCAUUCUAAAAUAGUUAUAUUAUUUUCUAUACUAUAUUAACAUGUUUUGAAGUGUAGGAGAAUCAAAUAAGGGUAAGACCAUAAUCUUAUAUAAAUAAAAUUUCUCUUAAUGUUUUCAAUAAUUAUACAAUUCUACGACUUGUAAGUUAGCCAUAGGAACUGGUGAUCAACUUAACAUCUCAUAGUAUGAUUGCCAUAAUUACUAAUACUCAUAGAGUCUAACUAAUUUAAAGCUGUAGCAAAUUAUUUGAGCUAUAAUAUCUAACUUUCCAUAGUAUAUUCUUAAAAUCAUGAGAGCUUAAAAUUUCCAAAAUAUGGUUACUAAAAGAAUUUGAAACAUCAAUAUUGACAAGUGUUGUUGGCUGAAUAGUGAAGGAGACACUGCUUUUAAGUUCUUGGAAUCCUGAGAAGUACUGGAGAUAGAAAGGGGAACAGUUUGGGUUUGUAAAUAUUUAAGGAGCAGACAGUAAAAAGGUCUCAUACUAGCCAGAAAACAUAUAAAUCCUAUAUUAGACCUCAACUUCACUGGUCUCAGAAUUUACCUAUGCAACAGUAUACAAAUUCUAUAAUUAGCUAUACUGAUAUUAAAAAACAGAAAACUUCAACUGAUAAGUUCUAUGUGCUUUAUUAUAUUGUUCAUUACAACAUCAAUUUCAAACUAUUAAUGGUGGGAGUUUUACCUCAGUAAAAUGCAAAUAAAGAUUAUUUUUGUUCUUUAUUCUUUCAUAAAAAUUAACAACUCAUACUUCAAAGAUUUCAGAAUACUAUAAUUUAUAUUAAAAUGUAGAAAAAAUCCUAUUCUUUAAAUGAAACUCUCAUUUUAUCAUGUUAUAUAAAGAGCAAGCUGUAAGAAAACAAUGUGGGGUUGUGGCUCAGUGGUAGAGUGCUUGCCUAGCACGUGAGGGGCACUGAAUUCAAGCCUAGCAUCACAUGAAAGAAAGAAAGAAAGGUAGGUAGGUAGGUAUUGUGUCCAUCUAUAACUAAAGUGCCAAAAUUUGUAAGUACUAAAUGUUCAAACACUUUCUCCUUUGGAAUGAAUUCUAAUCUUAAUUUAUAGGACACAAAAAUGACUAAUUUUUGAAUGUUUAAUGCUGUCUUUCAUAUUUUCAUUGUUUAAAAAUUUAUAUUUAAUGCAAAUAAUCAGAAUCACCUAUGUUAAAAUGAAUGUUCUUGAACUCAGUAAAACUGCUCCAUUAUUCAGGAAUGACGUUUGCUAUAAAAUGUUCUAAUUAUAAAUAGUUUUGAUACUGUAGAGGGUUUUUGAGGGGACUUUCCCCAAAUAAAAUAUAAACAAUUUCCUAGUAUAAACACAAGAGGGCAGACCUAUAUCAGGUAGUGAAUUGCUAUAUUCUAAUAGUCUCCCGAUUAUUUUUGAUUUUUCUAACAAAGUGGGAAUAUGAUAAAUCUCAAAAUGGAUCUACUUGUGUUAAGUAGCCACACAUUUUAAAAUAAGCUAUACGCCAAAUUAUAUAGAAAAGGUGACAAAUAGAAAAUCAGACASAUUACUAUGUGUAUAUAAAAUCAGCUAAUGAAUGUGUCAUAAUUUAAUAUCCCAUCUAUAGAAAAUGCCCUAAUAUCCACCAAGAUUAUAUCAGACAGUAAAAAAAAAUAGAAUGUAAAGAUAAAAAAUAAAAAUAAGAAAACUUAAGAAUGUAAUAAAAUACAUGAAACACUCCCAGGUUAUCCUUUAGGUCAUUUUGUCAAAUUAUUUUAUUUAUAUAGGAGAAAAACCUCCAUUA